GCCAGGGACUGGCUAUAAGAAGGGAGGAUCUGUCAGCAUCAUUUCCCUCAGCCCUGGCCUCCAUCACCUCCUAUGCCAACAUCAAAGUCAAGGGCCAUGCUUCUGUUAUCAAUUCUGCUGCUCAUGUCCCAAGCCAAGGGCGUACAUCUCGAAUGUGGUAAAAGACCCAUUUUUGAGGAAGGAACUCAGUAUUCCAGAAUCAUAGGGGGGAUGGAGGCUGAGGUGGGUGAGUUCCCAUGGCAGGUGAGUAUUCAGGCAAGAAACGAACAUUUCUGUGGUGGCGCAAUCAUCAACGAGUGGUGGAUUGUCACUGCUGCUCACUGCUUAUUUUAUGAAGACCUAUCUCCAAUGGACUUGAGUGUUGUGUUGGGAACAAAUGACUUAAGAAGCCCAUCCUUGGAAAUAAAGAGGGUUACCAGCAUAAUUCUUCACAAGGACUUUCAAAGAGUCAACAUGGACAAUGACAUCGCCUUGCUGCUGUUGGCCUUGCCCAUCACUUUCAGCGGUUUGAAAGAGCCCAUCUGCCUGCCCAGGAAGCUCAGCCCCUCCAUGUGGCACAAAUGCUGGGUGGCAGGAUGGGGUCAGACCAACACUGAUGACAAAAACUCUAUGAAAACUGAUCUGAUGAAAGUGCCAAUGAUCAUCAUGGAUUGGAAGAAAUGUUCAAAGGCAUUUCCGAGACUUACCAAGAAUAUGCUGUGUGCUGGAUAUGAGAAUGAGAGCUUUGAUGCUUGCCAGGGUGACAGUGGGGGGCCUCUGGUGUGCACCACAAAAUCUGACAAGAACUGGUACCAGUUCUGGAAUGCAUAUUUGGAAUAGACAUACUGAGAAGCUGGCAGAAUCUCACAUUGUUCCCUGAUCUGUGGAGUAAGAGAUAUUAUGAUGGAAAAGACGAAGAAGCCACUAGCACUGCCUCUACCUAGGAAAAUAGUAAACCAAAAGCAAUACUGCAUUCCUGGAGGGACUGAAGAUAUUAGUGCCCCAUCAAAGACUUAAAGGAUGCAGGGGUGGUGAUUCCCACCAUAUCCUCAUUCAUCUUUUCUAUCUGGCCUGAACAGAACACUGAUAGAUCUUUGAGAAUGACAGAGGAUUAUUGUAAGCUUAACAAGGUGGUGACUCCAUUGCAGUGACCCUACCAAAUGUGCUUUAAUUGCUUGAUCAAAUUAACACAUUGCUUAGUAUCUGCUAUGCAGCUAUUGAUCUGAAAAAUGCCUUUUUCUCCAUCCUUAUCCAUAAGGUCCACCAGAAGCCGUUUGCUCUCUACUGGCAAGGCCAGAAUUACACCUUCACUGCCCUGCCUCAAGGGCAUAUAAACUCUUUAGGCCUAUGUCAUAAUUUAAUUCAUAGGGAUAUUGGAUCAUAAGAUCCUUUUCUCUUCCACAAGAUAUCACACUAGUCCAUUACAUUGAUGACAUUGUGAUAAUUGGACCCAGUGAGCAAGAAGUAACAAUUAUUCUAGACUUACUGGUAAGACUUUUACAUGCUAGAGGGUGAGAAAAAAAAAUCUAACCCAUUUUAAGUGCCUCCUACCUUGGUGAAAUUUCUAGAGAUUCAGUGGGUGGGACAUGGUGAGAUAUCCUUUAUAAGGUAAAGCAUAAAUUGCUGCAUCUGUCCCCUCUUACAACCAAGAAAGAGGUUUAACCUAGUGGGCCUCAUUGGGUUUUGGAGGCAACAUAUUACUCAUUUGGGUGGAAUGAGGAAUCUGGCCUAUUUACCAACUGACCUAAAAAGCUGCUGAAUGAAGCCCAAAACAGGAUAAGGCUCUGCAACAGAUCUAGCCUGCCAUAAAACUGCCCUACACAUGGGCCAUAUGAUCCAGCAAGUCCAAUGGUGCUUGAAAUAUCAGUGGCAGAUAGGGACACUGUUGAAAGACUGUGGCAGGCCCUUAAAGGUAAAUUAUAGCACAGGUAUUUAGGGUUUUGGAGCAAAGUACUGUCAUCCUUUGUAGAUAACUACUUUCCUUUUGAGAAGCAGGUUUUGGCCUGAUACCGAGACUUGUAGAUUCUGAACAUUUCACGAUGGAUCACCAAGUUAACAUAUGACCUGAGUUGCCUGUCAUGAACUGUGUAUAAUCUGUCACACCAAGCCAUAAAAUUGGGCAUGUACAUACGGUAGCACUCCAUAAUCCAGUGGACAUUAGUAUAUAUGAUAUUGGACUCAAGUAGCCCUUGAAGACACAAGUUACAUCGAGAAGUGCCCCCAAUGCCCAUGGUUCACUCCAACCCAGCCACACUACCUUCUCUCUCCCAGUCUGUACCUAUGGCCUCAUGAAGAGUUCUCCAUGAUCAGUUGACCAAAGAAGGGGAAACUCAGAUUUGGCUUACAGGUGGUUCUGCAUGGUAUGCAGGCACUAUCUGAAAGUAGACAGCUAUAGCAUUAUAGCUCCUUUUUGGGAUAUAUCUCUUUUUGAAGGAGAGUGAUGAAGAGAAAUUCUCCCAGAACUUUGAGCAGUGCACCUGGUUCUUCAUUUUUCUUAGAAGGAUAAAUGGCCACAUGUGCAAUUAUAUACUGAUUCAUGGCUGUGGGCAAUGGUUUAGCUGGAGAGUCAGGGACUUGGAAGGAACAUGAUUGAGAAAAUUGGUGACAAAGAAGUCUGGAAAAGAGACAUGGGAAUAGACAUUUCUGAAUAAGUGAAAAAGUGAGGAUACUUAUGUUCUAUGUCAAUGCUCACCAAAAGGAGACCUUGGCAGAGGAGGAUUUUAAUAAUCCAGUGGAUAGGAUGACCUUUUAUGGGAAUACCAGUCAGCUUCUUUCCUCAGCCACCCUUAUCAUCUACCAAUGACUUCAUGAACAAAGUGGCUGUGUUGGCAGGGAUAGAGAUUAUGCAUGGGGUUAGCAACAUGGACUCCCAGUCACCAAGGCCAACCUGGCUUUGGUCACUGCUGAGUGCUCAACAUGCCAAUGACAGAGACCAAUAAUAUUCCCAAUAU